AAUUAAAACUAUCAAAGCAAUACAAAUUAUGCAAAAAUGGUUGAUACAAUUUCUGUUCUGAACCCAAUUCAUCUCGAUUUGUCAGUCGAUCCCCAGGAUAAUGUGAGAAUCUCCGCCAGAAGCACAACAUCAUCAUCUGCCUCGACAUCAUCCGACUCUGAGCUAAUGAGUCCUAGGGCUGAGGAGCUUUUGAGAAUGCAGGCUGAGCUCAGAGCAACACGAACGGCGCUUGCUGAAAAAGAUAAAAAGAUGACACAAAUUCAAGUGACAGUGGAUGCAGAAGUUCAAGAACUUACUGAAAAAUUAUUUCAGGAGGCGUACAAAAUGGUAAACACAGCAGAAGCUCGUCGUGAGAAAGCAGAAAAACUACUAACCGAAUCAAGACUUGAAGUUGAAGUUCUUCAAGCAGAAGUACGUGCAUUGAAAGAAUUGAUAUCUGCUCCAGGAAUGGGUCAAAACCAUUUCAAGCAGACAACAUCUCCAGAACAUAAAUCAACUUUAUCAAAACUAUUCAAUGGAUCAAGUUCAUCAUCAAAAAAACAAAAAGACGCUGCAAAUGUAUCAGAUAAAAAGAAAGCUUCAUCACUUCCAUCUACAUCAACAUAUACACUAACACCAUCAGAAGAUAGAGAACAAAAAGAAGCAAAUGCAGUUGAAGAGAUCGAUCCAAUUCUUUUUUCUGAAUUUGAAUUUUGGAGAGAAGCUGGACAUCCGACGACAUCUCAUCCAUUUAUUGAUAGAGUUACCGUUGAAGAAGUUGAACCAUGUAUGCUAUUCGAAAACUCUGAGUUAUCAGAAGAAAUAAUGAAGGCAAUUCGAGAGAAUCGUGUUCAACUUGAACCAUUAAAUGAACUGAAACCAUCUGUAAGGAUUUGUGCAUUAACAAAUGCUUCAAGGUUUUGUCCGUAUCGAGUAAGAACUGGUGAUGAGGAACAAGAAUGGCAUUAUGUUUCGUUAAUUGCCAGGAAUAGGAUUGCCGCAGUCUGUGACUUCUUCACGUGUAUCCGAUACUUGUCCCAAGGUUUGAUCAAACCCGGGCCUCGAGAUUCAUAUUUUCACGUUGUAAACUUGCGGAAAAACAUGUCACUUGCCAAACUGGGGCUAGGAUUUGUCCCGCGUUCCAACAUACGCCAUCAUUGAAUUAAUAGUAUUUUACCAUAAUUUGAAACUACAGGUCUUUCACACUUUUUAUACAAAUAAAUAAUUCAAUU